GCAGAGCGGGGGCCGCGAGAAGCGGGAAGGGAGCGCGGGGAGCGGCGGGGCCGGGGCCGGCCCAAGGGCGCCCUCGCCUCGGAGCCGGGCGCGAGGGCCGGGGCGGAGGCGGAGGCCGGCGGGGCAGCGAGCGCAGUGAAGUUUGGCGGCGGAGAGGCCGGGCGUCCCGGGGUCGCGAGGAGGCGGCGGCGGCGCGGGGACCGGGGCCAUGGGGGCGGGCGCGGGCUGCGGGGCGGGCGCGGAGGCGGCGCGGCGCGCACUGAGUCCCUGGAGCGGCGCCGCCGCCGCGGCGCAAAGUUAGCCCGGCGCCCCGGGACUAGCCCCGCAGCCGCCGCCGCCGCCCCCGGACCCCGUCUCGGCCAUGGGCGAGCACCCCAGCCCGGGCCCAGCGGUGGCCGCCUGCGCCGAGGCGGAGCGCAUCGAGGAGCUGGAACCCGAGGCCGAGGAGCAGCUGCCUGCGGCGCCGGAGGACCACUGGAAAGUCCUGUUUGAUCAGUUUGACCCUGGGAACACAGGCUACAUCAGCACAGGCAAGUUCCGGAGUCUUCUGGAGAGCCACAGCUCCAAGCUGGACCCACAUAAAAGGGAGGUACUCCUGGCUCUUGCCGACAGCCAUGCGGAUGGGCAGAUCUGCUACCAGGAUUUUGUCAGCCUAAUGAGCAACAAGCGUUCCAACAGCUUCCGCCAAGCCAUCCUGCAGGGCAACCGCAGGCUAAGCAGCAAGGCCCUGCUGGAGGAGAAGGGGCUGAGCCUCUCGCAGCGACUCAUCCGCCAUGUGGCCUAUGAGACCCUGCCCCGGGAAAUUGACCGCAAGUGGUACUAUGACAGCUACACCUGCUGCCCCCCACCCUGGUUCAUGAUCACAGUCACGCUGCUGGAGGUUGCCUUUUUCCUCUACAAUGGGGUGUCGCUAGGUCAGUUUGUACUGCAGGUAACUCAUCCACGUUACUUGAAGAACUCCCUGGUUUACCACCCACAGCUGCGAGCACAGGCUUGGCGCUACCUGACAUACAUCUUCAUGCAUGCAGGGAUAGAACACCUGGGACUCAAUGUGGUGCUGCAGCUGCUGGUGGGGGUGCCCCUGGAGAUGGUGCAUGGAGCCACCCGAAUUGGGCUUGUCUACGUGGCCGGUGUUGUGGCAGGGUCCUUGGCAGUGUCUGUGGCUGACAUGACUGCUCCAGUCGUGGGCUCUUCUGGAGGGGUGUAUGCUCUCGUCUCUGCCCAUCUGGCCAACAUUGUCAUGAACUGGUCAGGCAUGAAGUGCCAGUUCAAGCUGCUGCGGAUGGCUGUGGCCCUUAUCUGUAUGAGCAUGGAGUUUGGGCGGGCCGUGUGGCUCCGCUUCCACCCAUCGGCCUAUCCCCCGUGUCCUCACCCAAGCUUCGUGGCGCACUUGGGUGGCGUGGCCGUGGGCAUCACCCUGGGCGUGGUGGUCUUGAGGAACUAUGAGCAGAGGCUCCAGGACCAGUCACUGUGGUGGAUUUUUGUGGCCAUGUACACCGUCUUCGUGCUGUUUGCCGUCUUCUGGAACAUCUUUGCCUACACCCUGCUGGACUUGAAGCUGCCGCCUCCCCCCUGAGGGCUGGAGGCCCGAGGUCGGGGAGGGGAGGGAAAAGCGGCACCCACAGGGAGCACCUGCGAGGUUUUUUCUCAUCACCAGCUCAGCUAGGCCGGGCAGGCGAGGACAGAAGACUCUGGGCUGCUGUAAUGUUUGUGUUUAGAUUUGGACACACAGUGGAGACCCUUUCCUGAAAGGCACCUGGCAGAGGAGUUGAUGUGGCUGCUGUCGUUUUUCUCGGCUGCUCUGAUGACAUCGGGCCAGGGUGAAGGUCUGGGGUGGGGUGUGAGAGUGGCCCUCCCUCACCUGGGCUGGGCUUCUUCCAUAGGGCCAGGGGGUGCCCCCUCGCUGCUGCGGAUUGAGCAGCGGCUUCUUCCUCAUCCUCUACCCUCAGAGACCCUAAGAGACAUGGGAAGGCUCAAGGGUUGUUGCAGCCAGGCAUGGCCCCUCUCUAGCUCAGAGAUAAUUGCAGGCCAUGUGCUGUCUCCUUGACACCUGCUGGGUCUGGAGCUCCAGUAAGAAGAGGGCCUACGGGACAUGUCAGCUGUGACCUGGGCUGGUUGGUGGGCACUGGGACAUGAUCUGUUGUGCCUGGGUUGGGCAGAGCAGGGAGGCUGUAGGCUCUAGGCCCCCUCUUGUGCUGGGGGUACCCAGUGAGAGGGACCCAAGCAGGGGGAAUAAACUUCAUUCCAAGUUGCACCCUGGAGAAGACAGACCCAGGACCAGCUUCAGACUUCUCCCUCCCUUUCUUCCAGGAUAUUGGCAUCUCACACUGGUGCCCUAGCCUCCAUGCCCAGCCUUGUUUUAGGGUCUGUCUUUCCUUUUGCUGCCCUGACACUACUUUGUGCCUCUCUUUGGUUAUGGAGACAGUGUUUUGAAACAUUCGUGUGUGUGUGUGUGUGUGUGUGUGUGUGUAUGUGAUGGGAAAGGUAACUGAGGCAAGUCAGCGCCUGCAGAGAAGGCAUGGCGGAUGCAGGGGGCCCAUGUGGGUGUCCGUGAGAGGCGGGAGACUGUGGUGUGCUGUGGUUGCUGAGUCCUUGCUUUGACAAAGCCUGCCCCCUUCCUUCCCAUCUCCUGUCCCUUCCACCCCAUCUCCUGUCCCUUCCACACCUGCCCCUGAGCAUCACUGACCGGUGGCAGAAUGGCCCUGCUGGAGGGAGAGCUCAAGCCCUCCGAGGAUCCCUGGAUGCUGAGGUUUGCCAGGUUCAGCUCUUGUUUCCCUCUGAGAUGGCCUUCAUAUCCAAAAAGGUUCCAUCCUAUCUCCCUUAGGAAAGAAAGAGCUUUGGGGGCACAAGAGACGCUGGGGUAGGAAUGUUGAGGCCAUGUGUCCAUUUGAGUUAGGGGGACAGGAGGCUACAGGAAGAGGAAUUCCAAUUUAGUUAGAAAACUUUGCCUCGGGAGAAUUGUUGGGUGCAUGGAUGAACCUCAGAAGGAGGGCAGCCAGUAACCUCGGAGGCUUGGAUGCGGGAGAGAACAUGGUAGUUAUCAAAUCCACCCCACCCCCAUUACACAAGUGAGAAAACAAGAUGGAGGGAAUGACCCUCCUAAUAGGAGCUGGUGCAGGCCCCGAAUGGAGGGCAUGAGGAUGACCUUUGACAAAAGAUGACACUCCCUUUAUCGUGCUCUUGGAAUUCUCAACCACUGACAGCCCAGAAGAACAAAGAAUGCCAGGCCUGGGGGAAGGCAGGGGGCUGGGCGUGUCCAGAAACAGGGGCAGGAGUGUGGGAACGGUCUUCCUCCAGCCUCGUGCCCAUCCUGGCCCUUGAGUGUAGCGGGGUCCAGGGUCAGUCAGGCCAGGCAUUUGGGGUCUUGGGCCACAGUGGCUUCCCAUCCUGGUGACUACAUGUAAAUGGGCUCACUCACUUACUGGCAGGCGAGGCCCAGCCAUGCCCCAUCUUGGACCACUGCUAAAUAGAUUGCCCUGGCCUCAUCCACAUAUGUAGUGCCCUAGGUCCUGCUCCCCCGCACCAGUGCUGUGCUGAGGGCCGCAGCCUGUGGCACUGUGGGCCCACACCUUUGGCGGUUGCGUCAGCCUGGGGCGUCUUGUGUGUGCCCUGCCCACAUUCUCUGCCCUAGUGAUAGAAAGAUGUAGAUGGAAGUCAGUGCCUCAGAGGAGGAGGCUCUGAGGCUGUGGAGCUGGGCUCAGGGAAGUCCGGGGGAGGAUGCAGAAGGAGCCAGGAGGUUGCUGCCUCUGCCUGGGCUGCAACCGCACUAAGCUGAGCGAUGAGGUCCUUUCCUGGAGGGAUGGAGAAUCCCCUCCAGAUUCCUGUCCUGGCCCCUGGGGCUUCUGUGGUGUGGGUGGAAUGAGCAGAGUGCCAACUCUGUCUGGUAUGACCUGGAGAGGGGGCUUCCUCUCUCAGGGGUGAGAAAGCAUUGAACUAGAAGACUCUAGAAAUCCCUCAUAGAAGUACUCAGCUCCCUCGGGGACUCCCAGGGAAGCUUGUUACUGAGAAGGACAGUGGAGGCGGAAUCGUGUCUCCCACCAUGUUAAGUGUGUCCUCUGCUGCCAAGGACCCUCGUCUGUACCUUAGACCACCAGCCCCAGCUGUUCCCUGUCAGCACACCCACCUCCACUCCCUCUCCCAACCAUGACUUCAAGCGGGGCCACAGGGUGGGGGCAUAGAGUCACUUCACCUGACCCAGGCCUCUCCCCAGGUCAGGAGGCAGCUGUCUGGUCAGAGGGGUUCCCUUUGUGGCAUCUGGCUUUCUCCUCAGCAGGUUCCACCACCCUCUCAGCAGCACUUGCCCAUGGCCAAGGCUGGCCGUGUCCUCCCUGCCUCUUUCCUUGUCUGAGGUGGCUGCCGGCCCAGAGGGUGGUGUAUAAAUCUUCAGGCUGGCGGAGGUAGAUUGGCCUUUUAUCUACAGGAUACAGAAACUGAAAGCUGGGGAAUCCUCAAACAGCAGCCAUAGACUCGCUGGCUCUCAUUAAACGGGAGAGGAAUCACAGAAACUGGGGAAGGGAAAACAAACCUUCAAAGGAGAAAUUUCGCUUUAAUGACACCAUUCAUCAUUCGUUUUUUAAUUAGGAAAAGCUCCCUAAUGAGGCUCUUUUGCCAGCUAAUAGGACUCUCGAUUUCCAUGAGAACCAUUCUUGCCCAGAGGAUUAGGGGAGCCAUUGCUCACCAAGCCAGGAUCUUCCCCCAGCGUCCAAUUUAAUUUGCAAAUACGUAAUGCAGAUUCCCUGGGUGCCGUGAAAGCCCUUCCUGGCAUCAUUCAUGUUGCUCCCCAUGCUGGCUGGAAAGCACGGUUCUCCUCUGCCUUAAAAACAGUGCCCAACAGUGAACUGCCCCUCCGAGGACUUGAGUAAGUGGAAAAAACAAAACACAAACUGCAAUGUUUGUUUCUAAGUAUUUUUGUAUUGUGUACAUUCUGUAUAUUUUUGUUGUAACAUAUUAUUUGAGCACAGAUUCCAUUAAAGAUUUUUUUUUUCCAAGC